AUGAUGGACGGGCGAGCAGUGGUCGCUGGGACAGGACAGACAUUGGGAAGAGACCAGAGGCAAGACGGGACUGACGUUGGGCUGACGUCAGGCACGGUCGACUCCACGGACUCUGGAGGUGUACGGACUCUGGAGACUCAAGAAUUUGGGAAGAUGUUCAGAUUUGUCACUGGCUCCUGUGGAACCAUUUUUGCCCUGGUGUGGAGGCGGGUUAGAGUGGACAGUGUCCUGGUGAUCGAGGAGGAGAAGAGGCUCAGACAAGGCUUCAGAGGGCCUUCAUCAUCAUCAUCUGCUAACAUGGGCAGACAGGGCGCUUCCGAGGUGGUCUUCAUCUGUCUAAACCACAACAUAACGCUUGUAGGGAAGAUAUGGUUGAUCCUGAUGAUUUUAGUGAGGAUCCUGGUCCUGCUCUUUGCAGGAUACCCCCUCUACCAAGAUGAACAGGAACGCUUUGUGUGUAACACCAUCCAGCCGGGCUGUUCCAACGUCUGCUACGACAUCUUCGCUCCUAUCUCUCUGUUCCGCUACUGGCUUGUUCAGCUGCUCGUUCUCUGUCUCCCAUACAUCAUCUUCGUUACCUACGUCAUCCAUAGAGUCACAUCACGCCUCACCGUCGACACUACUGACCCCUCAGAUAGACAGGAGUCAUUCAGGAAGAUGGCCCUGGCCAAGACAUCUCUCCAGGCGCAGCACGGCAGGAGUCAGUGCUUCACAGGAGCAUACACCCUCCAUCUUCUGUUCAGGAUACUGCUGGAGGCCGGGUUCGGGGUUGCCCACUACUACCUGUUUGGGUUCUAUAUCCCCAGGAGGUUCCUGUGCCAACAGACUCCCUGCACCACUCAGGUAGACUGCUACAUCUCCAGGCCCACGGAGAAGACCGUCAUGCUUAACUUCAUGCUGGGGGCCGGAGCCCUGUCGUUAUUACUCAACUUGGCUGAUCUCAUCUGCGCCAUCAAGCGCUCGGUGACUCAGAAGACCAAAAGGAAGAUGUUGGUGGAGAAGAUGUACGAGCAGGAGCAGUACUACCUCCCCUCCAGUGGGGGGAGCAGAGGCGUGGAGGCUAACGUCCCUCUACUUCCCCAGAACCUGGUGGUGGAACCUAUAACCUUCCGGAAGAGAGGGGCCAGUAAGUCCAGCACUGCUGACCAGGGAGCCUAUCCCCAUCUGGGGGAGGCUGAGAACACCUCUGCCCCUCGCUGUGGCUCUAGUUUCUCCUCGGGGCAUCCAGGCGCCAACACCAAUGAGAACAACCUCUACCCUGCAGCCCAGGAGGAGGGCCCCGAAGCAGAGGGGAGCGAGGUGGCUCUGUGCCCUGUAGAGCCCAUCGGGACACCCAGGUCCAUCAGGGUUUGCAAACGCAGUCGCCUCAAACCGCCUCCGCCCCCACGACGGAACCUGUGCCCCCCAACGGCAACCGCUGCGGGCGUCUCACCAGGAACAGCGGUGUGCACCAGGAGAGUGGGUCAGUACACCCUGGUAGAGAUGACAGCCUCGGACUUGCAGUCCAACACCAGCGAGGGCCAGGAGAAGAGGUCUGAGUGGGUUUGAUUGGACUGAGAUGAUGCGAGAGCUGCAGCUCUGAGGAGAGUGAUUUUAUUUAUUUCCAUGAUGGAGACGUGAGAACCAGUGUUGCGGAAGCUACUCUGAAAAUAUAAUUUACGAAGUUAACAAUUACUUCACGCUGAAAUAACUCAAUUAAGCUACACUAAAGCGACCCUUAAAAAUAUAAGUAACUUAACUAAAGUUACUUUGAAGAAGUAGUUCACUACAUCCAAACUACUUCAUGAUAAAUCAUAUCUAAAUAUGAAGUAUCAUAGACUACAUAUUGCAAUUACAGAUCACUCUGGAGUCAG